AUGUUUACAAUAAUCACUUAUAUGUAUUUGGUCAUUCAGAGCUAUACUUUGCAUAUUGAUACACUUAAUCACUAUCAUAACAGAUAUGAUCAUGACAAAACUCACAGUGAUAAUACUAACAGUACAAAUAAUGAUACUGAUGACGCUUUAUGGCUGCAAUGGAAAAUUUUACACAAUAAAACUUACUCUACUCAUCAGGAGUAUAAUGAACACCGUGAAAAUUGGCAAUUAAAUUUGCUGCACAUUAAAGAACAUAAUAUAAAACAUAGUAAGGGUUUAGAAUUGUACACAACAGGAUUAAAUCAGUUCUCUGAUUUAAACUGGAAUCAUAUCAACAAAAUUUACUUAACAAAUUUAAGCAAAUACUCAGUUAGACAGGGACAUGACGGUAAAAUAUUGUUAAAACAGCCGCUGAAUGAAACAGAAAAUAAACAGAUUCCAAAUUCGUGGGAUUGGAGAAAAGUGGGCAUCGGAGAAUGUGGUGCUUGUUGGGCAUUUUCAGCUGCUGGAGCCCUAGAAGGACAACUGAAAAACAAGACUGGUUAUUUUAUUGAACUAUCUUCCCAGCAACUCAUCGACUGUAGUCAUCCGUUCGGUAAUCACGGCUGUUUGGGUGGUGACAUGAAUAAUGCAUUUCGAUACGUUGAAAGUAAUGGGAUACAGAAAGAAGAAAACUAUCCUUAUCUAAAGAAGGAAGGUAAAUGUUUGCACACAAAAUCGAAAGCAGUCACCCAGUCCAAGUUAAUUAUUGAUAUUAAACCUAAUGAUGAAGAAGAACUUAAAUCACGUCUAUACGAACAUGGUCCAGUUUCAGCUGGAAUAAAUGUGGAACGACAAUUUAUGAGAUAUAAAAAUGGUAUAUAUCAGUCUUCAUCUUGCUCAGCAAAGGAUGUAAACCAUGCAGUUCUGAUUGUUGGAUACGGACAUGAAGAUGGCAUCGAUUAUUGGAUUAUUAAAAAUAGUUGGGGUACAACUUGGGGGGAAGAUGGUUAUGUAAGAAUACGCCGUAAUUAUAACAACAUGUGUGGUGUAGCAACUAUGGCAAUUCCAUUGCAUUUUGUGAAGUGGGACAUCCCUCAGUUCGAAGUUAUCGUUACUCUUGUUUUAUUGAAACUUACGCGGUUCUAUCAUUCUGUUGAGUUCAACAAAGGAAUAUAUAGUGGAUCCCAAUGA